AUGAGAUGGUACGAUUGCAACCGUCUGUGGAGGUGCGGACCACCAGAAAAACCAGUACUUUGCAAUGCUUGUGGGUUGAGAUGGAGAACCAGGAAAACCCUGGAAGAUUAUGUUCCGAAACAUGUUCUUAAUCCUUCUUUGGCUCGUGACGAUGACGACAACAACGACGAUUAUAAGGAAGAACUGGAUGGUCUCAAUGUGAAAUCUUCUUCUCAUCGUCAUGAUACUGUUGAUCUUGACCAAGGUUUAAUUACCCAGAAAUACUUCACCAAAAACUUCGUGAUGCUUUGCAGGAUCCAGAGUUAUCUAAGGAUCUGGAGGAUUAUGAAGCACCUGAAAAUGCACUCAUCCCUGAGAAGACAACCUAUUACAUAUCAGCGAAUGAAGUCGGUGUUGGCUUCGCUCUUCGGGACUCCUCUAUGGAGGUGCGGACCACCAGAAAAACCAGUCCUCUGCAAUGCUUGUGGAUCGAGAUAUAGGAAGAAUUUACCCCUUGAAAAUUACAUUCCCAAACAUGGAAUUGAUCCUUCUAAUUUGAUCGCUAACCUUCAGGAUGAAGUUGAUGAUCAAAGUGUUUAUUCUUCUCGUCCCCAAGUGCUGAAGAAUGUGGUAAGGAAGAGGAGAUCAGAAAGAGUAGAGUAUAGUGUCCCGUCAACAGCAGAAGUACUUAACCAGUCAAAAGCAGAAAUACUUCGCCAGAAGCUUUGGGACGCUUUGCAGGAUCCGGAGUUAUCUAAGGAUCUGGAAGAUUAUGAAGAACCUGAAAAUGCACUCAUCACUCAGAAGACAACCUAUUACAUACCAGAAACUGAAGUCGGUGGUGGCUGCGAGUUCAUCAAAUCCACAAACUGA